AUGGAACAUGUUCAAGAACAUGAAGAGUGCCUUCUGCAAACCCAGAUGUACUGGGUGGAGAGACCGGUAUAUAACGAAGAGUUCUUACAAGGACAGCUGCACAAGAAGGAAAAGACGCCUCCUUCUCUUAGCCAGAAGAUAGCACAUUCUUGUCGUUGUUCUUCCAAGAAAGCCAAGUCACAUCUCUACAGUUUUUUACCAAUUUUAAAAUGGCUGCCCCGGUAUCCAGUGAAGGCAUAUUUGUUAGGAGACAUAGUCUCAGGUAUAAGCACUGGGGUUAUGCAGCUUCCUCAAGGGUUAGCCUACGCUUUGCUGGCUGCUGUUCCCCCGGUGUUUGGCCUAUAUUCUUCAUUUUAUCCUGUUUUUCUAUAUACCUUUUUUGGGACCUCCAGACACAUAUCAAUAGGGACGUUUGCGGUGAUUAGUCUGAUGAUUGGUGGAGUUGCUGUCAGAGAAGCUCCUGAUGAAAUGUUUAAUAUUAUGGAAUCUAAUUCCACCAAUAGCACUGAUCUCCUUGAAAACUAUAAAGCCAGAGAUGCUAUGAGGGUAAAGGUAGCUGUGGCCGUCACCUUGCUUUCAGGGAUCAUACAGUUGUCUUUAGGUCUCCUUCGGUUUGGUUUUGUAGCCAUCUAUCUAACGGAGCCACUGGUACGAGGGUUCACUACGGCCGCGGCAGUUCAUGUCUUUACCUCCCAGUUAAAGUAUCUGCUUGGAAUCAAGACAAAACGCUACAGUGGAGCCCUUUCAGUUCUAUAUAGUUUAAUUGCUGUACUUUCAAAUAUCACAAAAACCAACAUUGCAACCUUAGUUGUUGGAUUAACAUGCAUUGUUUUGCUGCUGAGUGGCAAAGAAAUUAAUGACCGGUUUAAGAAGAAACUGCCAGUUCCUAUUCCUAUGGAGAUCAUUGUGGUAAUAAUAGCUACUGGAGUUUCAGCUGGAAUGAAUCUGUCCAACACGUAUGAAGUGGAUAUUGUUGGGGAGAUCCCUAAAGGAUUACUUGCUCCAAAAGUACCUGAUAUAAAUCUCAUCCCAGCAGUGUUUGUAGACGCAUUAGCAAUAGCAAUUGUUGGCUUUUCCAUGGCUGUAUCAAUGGCCAAAAUCUUUGCACUUAAACAUGGCUACACUAUUGAUGGAAAUCAGGAACUUAUUGCCUUGGGAAUAUGUAAUUCUGCAGGAUCCUUCUUCCAAACCUUCUCGAUCACAUGCUCAAUGUCUCGGAGUCUUGUUCAGGAGAGCACUGGAGGGAAAACUCAGAUUGCAGGUACGCUGUCCUCAAUCAUGGUUCUGUUAGUCAUUGUGGCUAUUGGUUACCUCUUUGAACCACUACCACAGACUGUGCUAGCUGCGAUCGUAAUGGUGAAUCUGAAAGGAAUGUUUAAACAGUUUGGAGAUAUAACACAUUUCUGGAGAACCAGUAAGAUUGAACUGGCCAUCUGGAUUGUUGCUUUUGUGGCCUCUGUUUUCCUGGGACUAGACUACGGCUUGCUUACUGCUGUGGCGUUUGCAGUGAUAACCGUUAUUUACAGAACACAAAGUCCACAGUACAGAAUCCUGGGUCAAAUUCCCAACACAGACAUUUACUGUGACGUGGAAGAGUAUGAAGAGGUGAAAGAAUAUCCUGGAAUAAAAAUAUUCCAGGCCAAUGCCUCCCUCUAUUUUGCCAAUAGUGAAUUGUAUGCAAGUGCACUGAAGAAAAAGACUGGAGUUGAUCCAUGUGCUGUAUUGGCAGCAAAGAAAAAAGCCCAGAAAAGGCAUGCCAAGGAACUAAAGCAGACAAAUGAACACAGGAAGAAAGCAGUCUUGAAGCUUGUGAGUGCCAGAACUAAUGACAUGGAAACAAGCGUAAAACACGAGAUAAUUAAUGAUGAGCUACCCCUAAAUGGAAAAUCUGCAGAUGCAAAUGCACAAGGCACAUCUCCUGAUGAACUUGAACACUUUAUGGAGCCAAUGACAAAUGUUCACUGUAUAAUUUUGGACUUGACACCAGUGAAUUUUGUGGAUUCAGUUGGAGCAAAAAUGUUAAAAUCAGUUAUAAAAGAAUAUGAAGAAGUUGGUGUUUUUGUGUGUAUAGCCAGCUGCAGUGGCCCUGUUAUGGAUGAUCUGACUCGACUUAAUUUUUUUGAAAAAUCCACCACCAGAGAUUUGCUGUUUCACAGUGUUCACGAUGCUGUUCUCUCCUGCCAGCUGAAGGUUGGGUCUGUUCCACAAACUGCCUCAGACCUCUUUGUUAGUACUUCAGAAUCACACAUGGAGAACUGA